AUGAGUAAGCAUUUAAUCAUUUUACCUUGCCAUUCUAUAUGGAAACCAGGUGAAACGCUAGGGGAACUGAGAGAUGAAUGGAGUCUAGUAGAUUUUCAAAUUGAAGGCUAUGACCACCUAAGCUUUAAGGAUCAUAUUAUUAGGAGUUUAAGCAUAUUGAAACAUGAUAAAGAUGCAACGUUGAUCAUAUCGGGAGGUCAAACAAAAGAAGACUGUGGUCCAAUUUCAGAAUCAUUAUCGUACUAUGAGUUAGCUAUGAAGUUAAACGAUGACAGUCAAUUGAUCCCUAGGAUCACUACGGAAGAAUUUGCUAGAGACUCGUUUGAAAAUGUUAUAUUUCUGUAUUGUAGAUUUUAUGAGUUGUACAAAGCGUAUCCAGAAAGAAUAACUGUAGUCGGGUUUGAAUUUAAGAAACAGAGGUUUUUAGAGAAUCAUUUGAAGCAAGCAUUAUGCAUCUCGAAGGACAUUAAUUAUGUUGGUAAUGCACCAAUACCCAAAGACUUGGAUAAAGAAGAACAGAUCAAAUAUUUCCAAGAUUUAGAACAACAGGAAUAUAAACAUGCCGUUCAGCAUUUUGAAAAAGAUUGGUAUGGUAUUAAAAGUCCGUUAAUAGAUAAGAAAAUGAAAAGAGAUCCUUUUAAAAGGUAUCAUGGAUAUUGUCAAAGUAACCCAAAGUUGGCAAAGUUUUUAGUUGCCAUCAGUGAUGAAGAAAGUCAAAAGGGAACACUGAGAUCAAAUGAGAGUAUUCAAAGUUUACUAACUAAUUUCACAUAG